UCUCAUCUAGAGAGACAAAAACAGUAGAUUCAAAAAGCUAGUCGAAAGAAAUAUGUCAAACGUUGACUGGCAGUUCAGCGGUAACGAGGAGGCCAAAGAAGCCGCAAGUGCCGCGCUAAGCGCUUACUCCACUAAGCUUUUUGCUCUUUGCGAUCCUAAUGGACCGCCCAUUUUGCCUCCUCGAGUUGAAACCGCCGAGACUAGCCAUACCGCUGAAAAGGCUGUUGUUAAUGCCGUCCUCUGCGGAUUGGGUAACGCCUAUGCUCCCAGUAUAGGCCUUCCAGCGGCCAAAAGUGCCGUAGCGAAGUACCUAAACCGAGAUCUUGAGAACAAACUGACAGCUAAUGACGUGUUUAUGACCGUUGGAUGCAAACAAGCCAUCGAGCUUGCGGUUGAUAUUUUGGCCAAACCAAAUGCCAACGUCUUGCUUCCCAAGCCAGGCUUUCCAUGGGACAUGGUCCGUUCCAUCUACCAGAAACUUGAGGUCCGCAAAUACGACUUCGUCCCCGAAAAGGACUAUGAGAUUGACCUUGAUAGCGUCCGAGCGCAAGUGGAUGAAAACACGUUUGCGAUAUUUAUAAUCAACCCGCACAAUCCCAUUGGGAACAUCUACACUGAAGCUCAUCUCAAGCAGAUCGCUGAGUUGGCUCGGGAACUCAAGAUAAUGGUGGUUUCUGAUGAAGUGUUUAGAUGGACUGUGUUUGGGAGUAAUCCCUUUGUCCCCAUGGCGAAAUUCUCGUCGAUUGUACCUGUGGUUACCCUCGGGUCCAUAUCGAAGGGAUGGACUGUCCCUGGAUGGCGUACUGGCUGGGUAGCGCUGCACGACCUAGAUGGUGUCUUUAGAACCACCAAGAUCUUCGAUUCUGCAAAACAAUUUCUUGAGAUAAAUUCUAAACCACCAACGGUGAUCCAGGCGGCUAUUCCCACCAUCUUGGAGAAAACUCCUGAAGAUUUCUUCAUUAGGAGGCAGAAGUAUCUGAAAGAUAAAGCCGAUUAUGCAUAUUCUGUGGUCAAGACCAUACCUUGCCUCACCUGCUACCAGAAAACUGAAGCAUGCACCUUCUUAUGGACUGAGCUGAACAUAUCAUGCUUUGUGGACAUUAAAGAUGGUGAAGAUUUCUGUGAAAAGCUUGCUGCUGAGGAAAACCUCGUCCUUUUACCAGGGGUUGCUUUUGGUGUGUCGAACUGGGCGAGGCACUCUAUCGACAUGGAUAGUGCAACUUUGGAGGAUGCAUUUGGAAGAUUGAAGAGAUUUUGUGAACGCCACUCCAUCAGUAUUGGUGAAGUUUCACUCGAAGACGUCAAUGGGGUCAACUAAAGGGUCAAUAUGUACCUUUGCCUCAGUGUUUCUUUUAAUAUGCUUUAAUAAUAAACGGGGGUGUUCUAUUGAUUUGAGAUAAGUCAUGAACACUUCCGUAUUUGUAACAAAUAAUUUGGUGCACUAGUCAUCAAUCGUGUCAUCUUUUCUCAUUGUUUGCAAUAUUUUGAUGUAUUUGAAAUUUAAAAAUAAAGUUAAUGAAUUUCUCUGUCUUUUCGUUUCUAAAUA